AUGAAGGACAUGUGGCAGCUUCUAAAGAAGUACUUCGGAGACGGCUUCGUCCCGGGAUCCGCGCCGUUUCGAUACAACAUACAUCUCUGCGACUUGAAACCUCUCGCCAGGAAACAAAAAGGCGUCUACUACGGCGUUCACAUAGACGAGGACGCGAUGCCUCUAUUCUCAGCCCUGGGAGAUACGUGCGCUCCAGACUGCACCUGUUACGAGAUCCAGGAUAUCGUGAGGCGUAUCGACGGGUACAUGGAAACGGCAACGGACCACCACCCCGACGAUUACGAAAUCACCAGCGGGAAGAACGAUACCGAUCUGGAGGAAAUGAGUUUAUACGUCAUGCGCGACACUCUCAGUUGGUGGUUGCACUGGAGCGGCGGGCCGCUAAGGAAGGGAGAAGACUACUGGAAGCAUCUGUACAUCGCGUUCGUGACGGUGCCGGACGACUACCAGCUCCCUCCUCGGGACGUUCUCACUGGGAAAUUCCGCUUCCUAGGGCAUACGUGGGACGAGUGCCGGGCGGGACUGCUCAGCGAGGGCCUCCGGCCGGACCAGGUUGAGUUCUUGGAGAUGUGCUACUGGCGAGAGCUGAUCGUCCAGUACAUCGAGAAGGUCGAUCCGGGGUUGCGCCCGAUGUUGGUCUCCCGGACAACUCUUAUGACGUAUUUCCGGGUCUUGACCGCCAACACGCUGGGCUGCAAUGCCAUCCUCAUGGCUACGGAGGGCAUGAUGGAGGGCCCGCUGGAGCACGGCCCUCUGGAGAUGGCGUCUAUCGCGCAGUGCCUGAGCAUGGACAUGGCCAAGGAGGCGCUGGGUGUGCUGCAGGGGGAGAAGACGGAAGCCGUGGUUGGAGACAGGGUUCAGCUGAAGAGGGAGCUGCGCUGGGUUUACUCGAGGUGUGUGGAUUACGUUGGGGCACGCGAUGACUCUCAUAUCUUUAGACGCUAUGCGACCGCCGGCUUGCACUACGUCCCCAUGAUGGACAGAUAUCUUGAGCGGACUCGCGGGAACAAACGGUUCCCCAUUACGGAGAAGAUGGGCCGCAUACUUGCGGCUUACAUUAAAGAACUGGGGGAUUCUGAGAAAGCGAGCAAAGGGGAUGAGGUUACCUUCGCUAGCAUAGAUGAUCGCAAAGCAAUGGCAGUUUAG